AUGGCAGGCUACGGCAACCGCAAAGCCCCAGACUACAACCCAGAAGACUACACCUCAGAACACACAUCCACCCGCCUCGGCCUCACAGACUCAGCACCCUACUCAAACGCCCACCCAACAUACGGUUCUGCAUCCACAGCGGGAGCUGGUUUCGGCAACAAACACUCCUCCGUCCCCGGCGCCGACACCUCCGCAGACGCAGACACAGAUACAUCCUCCACGCCCGCAGAUCUAACGCCCUACCCAUCACACACAUCCACGGCGCCGUAUACGAAUGCCUCGCCGUUGGGGAGUGGGUCGACGGCCGGGGCGGGGUAUGGGAAUAAGACGGGGAGUUUUGGGGGUGGACAUUCCGAUUCUAUGAUGGGGAAAUUGGUGCAGAAGGCGGGGCAUGUGAUGCAUAGUGGGGCGCUUGAGGAGAAGGGGAGGGGGAUGCGGGAGGGUGGUGGUGGGGGGGUGGGGAAGUAG